UAUUACCCGCCCACAAUCUCUUACCAGUCAUUUCCUCGUAGCAUCAUGGCGGACGGACACUACAACAACAAUCAUGUACCGGUUUUGUUUUCAUAUUCCGUCUUCUCACGUCCUUCCUCCGUGCCUGUGGGGUCUGGGCACGAACUGUUGAUUCAGAAAUUUCGGUCAAUAUACGGUCACCAAAUUGACGUCCAUCGUAAAUUUGUUAUCCAGUUGUUCUCCGAGGAAUGGGGCCAGUACAUUGAUUUACCGAAGGGAUUCUCGGUAUCUGAGAAAUGCAAACUACGAUUAGUUCCUCUUCAAAUGGAUAUCACCACCCUGGGGAACCUCUCUCCUUCCACCACAGUGUUCUUUUGCUGCGACAUGCAGGAAAGGUUCCGGCCAGCCAUCAAGUACUUUGGUGACAUCAUCAGUGUGGGACAAAGGCUGCUGCAGGGGGCUCGUGUCCUUGGAAUCCCCGUCAUCGUGUCGGAGCAGUACCCCAAAGGGCUGGGCAACACCGUGCAGGAGUUGGACCUGACCGGCGCCAAGCUGGUGUUCCCUAAGACCAAGUUCUCCAUGGUGCUGCCGGAGGUGGAAGCCGCCCUGGCUGAGUUCCCCGCCGUGCGCAGCGUCGUGCUGUUCGGGGUGGAGACCCAUGUGUGUAUACAGCAGACUGCGCUUGACCUGACUGGGCGAGGCUUAGAAGUCCACAUUGUUGCGGAUGCCACUUCGUCCAGGAGCAUGAUGGACAGGAUGUUUGCUCUGGAGCGUUUGGCUCGCUCUGGUAUCACCGUCACCACCAGUGAGGCAGUGCUGCUGCAGCUGGUGGCAGAUAAGGAGCACCCCAAGUUUAAGGAGAUCCAGAACCUCAUCAAAGCCAGCGCCCCCGAAUCUGGCCUCCUCUCCAAGGUGUGAGGGCUCCAGGGGUGGGGGUAGGACUCACUUAGUGGGGGAGGGGGUAUGGGGGUAAAUUGGGCAGGUGGGUCCAAUAAGCUGGAGAGGUUAGAGUAGGAAGGAUAAAUUGAAUAUGUCAGUGUUUUGUCACGUCGGACAGCUCUUCCCGGCGGAGUGUGACUCUCUCCCUGCUCCGGCAGGCCUGAGAGAACCCACUGUGUGUUAUUCAGUCAAGUAAACCAGAUGUGUUCACUUCAUUAAGAAAUCUCUCCACUCUUUUGAUUGGCUGAACACAAGCUCGUUUAGCCAAUCGUUACGAUGGAUGAGUUCACUCAGGGGUGAUGAGGCAGGGAGAGAUGGACCAGGCGUACUGGGAUGCUGCCAAGGUUGGGACUGAGAGCUGCUGUGGGAGUUGGGCAAGCAGGCGGAGUCUGUCCCAUUUUAACAGUAGAGCUGUACUCUGUUCUGUAAGGUGUUGUUCUAUUGUUUCGUUUUGUUUGUUAUGGUUUGUUUUGUUCUGAGGGGGUAUUCCGUGGAUGUGGUGUAAUGACAAACCUGGCUGUGUUAAGCCUCCUAAUAGCUUUGUUUUGCUUGGAAAAUGAAGUCAUAGGGCAUUUCUAGUAGGAGGUUUACCACUUACUCGGAGUCAACUUACCCAGGUUUAUCACUAAACCACAUACUUCCCCCCUGAUUCAGUAAGUUUAUUUGAAUGAUAUAACAUGAAAUUAUCUGAAUAUUUGUGCUCUGCAUAUCACCAUAUAUCAUCAAAGUUCUGUUUGCACCAUUUGCUGAUUGUAACUUCUUUAAGGUCAACCUUUUUAGACAUUAGACAUGAGUUAUGGGUUCGGUCUGGUUAUGUUUCUUCGUUUAUAUGAAUAUAUGUGUUUUUGUUUUGCUUGGUUUUGGUGAGUUGUGGAAUUUGCAAUCCCAUCGUAUAGAUUUGGCCUUCACACUUUUUGUUAUACAUAGCCCACCUCUCAUCUGUUUUGCAUUAACCCGAAGUCACUGAAAUAGAAAUUAAACUGUUGGACGUAAAAUAUUCUACUAAAAGAGUUUUGUUGUCUGAAUUUGAUGUAUGACUUGGUUGUAGAAUUUCAUGUUUCCUGUGAUAGAAAGGCAUGUGGAAUUACCAGCACUAUAUCAAUUUGUAAUGUUAGAAUAGUAUUAAAACUUAUUUUUGUUAAGUUUGAAAUGAUACCUUGAUCAAAUAAUAUUGAUAUCUCACUGAAGUUAUCCUACAUGUUUCCCUAACUUAAAAACAGAAAAUGGUACGUUGGGAAAAAAAUCUGUGCUGUAAGCUGUUUACGCUUUCGCGAUAAGAUGUUGAUUGUUGCACUUUUCCUAAAUGCACUAGCUCGAUAACCUAAUGACUUAGAACUCAGGCAGCUCAGUAAAACAAGCAGGGGGGAACUGUGAUUAUGAGAGAGAGUGAGAGAGAGAGGGAGAAACAAGCAGUUGUGUGUAUGAUAUCCUUUGCAGAUGCCCCUGUGUUGGUGUUACUUGUGCGUGCGUGCAUGCGUGCGUGUGUGCGUGCAUGCGUGCGUGUGUGUGUGUCUACGUGUGUGUGUGUGUGUGCGUCUGUGUGUCUACUGAUGUAUAAAACAGCCCUUUGGGCGUUAUACAUUUUAAUCGAGAAAGAAAAAAGAAAACUCCGGUGCCUAUUUAUGACCUGUCUGCACUGAUUGUACUCACGCCUCUCAAAAGUAAUUCAUGUCGUGACCAUAUCAAUUUGUGCACUAUUUAAUCAACUGUGUUGGGGGAAGAGGAGAACAAACCCUUUUGUAUGAACAGAGAUGAAUAAAUGUUUAUACACAGCAAA